UACAAGUAAAGUACAAAAUGAUUAACAAAAAGGUGUGAACAUUUGAGAUGAAAAUGAAGACCGGAGAUUUUGACACUGAUUAGAUAUAAGCCUAAUUUUCUAGAUAUGUUUGGAGUGGUUGGAUUACUGAUUUUCUAAAAAAUGGGACCAAUCUGGACACCCUAAUGUAAAUCCGUUGAGAAGGCACCUGCAUCACUUGUAUAGCAGCUGACCUCUGUCCCAUUUUUUGGCUUCUUCCAAGAAUCAAAAACUCCAUUUCCUUUCUCAUCAAACACCAACAAAAUCAACCCAGAGAGAGGGAGAGAAAGGGAGAGAGAGAUGGAUGAAGAUGGUAUUGGACUGGUGUUGGCUCGAGCAUCCGAGCUUCGCACCAAGAUCACUAAUUGCAUCCACAGUGCAUCCACAACCGAAGACAAAAAUAGUAACCCACGAGAACUAGAGGGAGAAGAGGAGGGUAAUGGGUCUCCAUCUCAGGACAUUGAUAAGGUAGCAGAGGAACAGCAAGAAGAAGAAGAAACAGAGAGUCUAUUGAACAUUCGCGAUGCUCUCGAAUCGCUUGAGGCCCAGCUCUCUUCUCUACAGGCGUUACAACAACAGCAAUGGUAUGAAAAAGAAGCAGCCUUGGCCGAGAUUGAUUACAGCCGCAAGAAGCUGCUUAAGAAGCUGAAGGAAUACAAAGGUGAAGAGUUAGAAGUCAUACAUGAAGCUGCUGCGUUUGCUAGUGAAACAGUUGAUGACAACAGUGAUCUCCUACUUCCCCCGUAUCCCAGUCGGCCUUCCCGCUCCAUGGUGUCAGAAAAUGGGUAUCUUUCACAUUUCCCUUCAACGCGUAAACUUGCUCAGAAUGGGCUCAUCAAUGGUAGCACAACAAUUGAAGCAAGAGAGGGAAAUCAAAAGCAAUCUAAAUCUGAAAAUCCACCUAAAGGGUUCGGACUCUUCAUCAAUGCAGCAGCCAAGACAGUGCUUACUCUCGUGGGUGUGAUAUCCAUUCUUGGAUUGGCUGGCUGUGAACCCAGGCUUCGCAAAAGGGACGCAAAAUUCAAUGUGUUUGGUUUCUUUCAACAACGAGGAAAUAAGGCGGAGGGAGAAAUGGUCCAUUGCCCGCCUGGUAAGGUUUUGGUAGUGGAAGGCGGUGAAGCUCGUUGCCUUGUGAAAGAGAGAGUGGAAAUUCCAUUUGAGUCGGUUGUUGCAGCACCGGAUGUGAAUUAUGGGUGCGGAUAAAAUGGUUACUUACUCUCCAUCUCUGUAUAUGCCCAAGUAUUUUCGACGCAAUGUCAACAAAAUUUCUUUGGAAAGGCUUGUCGGUGUGAUGAUUUAUUCCAGUUUGAUUAUCUUAGUCAUAGAGCUUAUUCUCA